AUCAGUGGGCCCGAGCAUUUACUUUCAAGGGUUUGUGUUAAUAGUUACUAGAGCUUCAGAAAUACGAGUAUGUCAUUGCACUCGGAGGAGACUGGAAGUCUCAUGGCCGUGAUCGGUGAUGAGGACACCUGUGUUGGUUUCUUGCUCGGUGGUAUUGGAGAAGUCGGCGAGGAUCGUGAGACCAAUUUUAUGGUCGUGGAGAAGGUAUUGUUCAAAUGUUGUUUCGCAGACACGACUCCCGGGCAGAUUGAGGCGUGCUUCAAGAAGUUCCUGAGGCGGCCAGAUAUAGCCAUCAUUCUGAUCAACCAGGGGUACGCGGACCUGAUCCGCCCCACUGUCGACGCCCACGACCUGGCUGUGCCCACUGUGCUGGAGAUUCCCUCGAAGCAGCAGCCCUACGAGGCCUCCAAGGACUCGAUUCUGAAGCGGGCCCAAAGCGUUUUCAGCCCUCCCGAGAGGCGCUUCUAGCGGCCAAUCAGUUUCGGUAUCGAAGUGUGAGUUUAAUGAAAGAUUUGCAUAGUUCUCGAAUGCAUACCGAAUGCCAAUGCCAGUGCUACAAAGUCGUUUGAAUUGUUCUCGAAAAAGAUACCUACGCAGGCACAAACACACAUCUAUUCACACAAAUUAUGGGGAAAAUAAAGCUUAUACGUACAUCAGGCAA